CAAUGCCCAUCAUGCUUUGCCACCGGCGAUCUUGGCGGGGAGGGGCGUGAUGGGAGUUCGAGUCGCACAACAGUCCCCAUUCGUUUAUUGCAGCGUUCUUACAAAGGAUUGCGCGGGUUUUUCCAAGGUGAAGGAAGAAAACAGAAAGCGUCAAGACGGAUCCUGCAACUUAGGUCCUUUGUUUCGUGAGAACAUGCGAAACCGAAACCUGCUUGUAAGGAAAAGCCACCCCAUUGCCUCCCGUGACAUAAGCUGACUUAGCAACGCUUUGGGUUGGGAAACCGAACGCCAGGCGAGAAUAGAAACUGAAACUGCUGUCUUAUAAGAGCCCGGAGAACUCGCCUAGGCAGUGUGACGACCAAGCGGAGUAAACAGAAGCGAUACCCGGCGUCGCUCCGGCGUCCUGCAGAAGGAAACUUCAAGAACAGUAUUUUUAAAAUACUGCGGUCGGCCUUCCCCACGGCCAGAGAACGAAGGAAUAGUCGGCGGGACAGCCCUCCGGAGUGAAGCGGUGUCCACCGACGAUCCCACCGAGCGAUUCCCGUAACAGAGCGGCGGCCCGACAAGCGUUCCUUUAGCAGCGGUGCCUGAAGACUCCCACCCCCGACGGCAGGAAUCGCCCCGCUCGCAGCAGAAUGGAAGCCCCGGCGACAUGGCCCUCCCGCGACGAGACCAUCCUCUACCUGAUUUGUUGCUUCAGGAGUCGGAUCAGGAGCAACAUCCAGGUGAUCCCAGUCCUGGACUUCAUGCCCUCCCUGAGCUACGAGGAGAAGGACGCCAUCCGAGCCACGGCGAAUGGCAAGGGGGACGUCGAAGCCGCGGAAUUGCUCCUGCGCGCCCUGGAGAACCAUCCCUGCCGCCCUCCGGGCUUGUGCCAGGAAUUCUGCGAGGCGCUGGCGAGGAGCGGCUUCGAAGCCGCCAGCUACGUUGAUCCCAGCAUGUGCCAGUUGCCUUCGCCUUCCCUGGAGGCGGUUAAUGACACGGGCAAGUUCUUGGUGGACUUGUUCUUUCCCCACCUCGUGGAGAAGCUGAGGGCCAUGCAGUUGGCGGAAAAGUGCCUACAGAAUAACCUUUUCGUGGCCGAGGACGUGGAGCGGAUCAGAGCUGAAUUUGCUAAAGGGAAUAGAGCAGCAGUGAGGGAAUUGCUGUGCAGAGUAAUGCAGAAGAAACAAUGGUUCUCGCUAUUUCUGAAGGCGCUGUGCGAAGCUGGGCACAGCGAUGCUGCAAAUUAUCUAAUUGGACAGGAAAAUGAACACUACAACUAUGGAAUUUCUGCAUCUGCAGAUGAGAUGGGCACUGAAGAACAUCCUGCUUUGAAAACUGUGGAGGAUCUGAAGCAGGCUACUGAGUCAGAGGGCAACGUGGCUGGGGAGGAUAAUGCCUCAGAUGAAUCAACUGGAGAGGCCUCAACAAUUUCAGAAUCUGAUGUCAGUCUGCUGGAAGCAAGCGUCAGCGAUGCGAGUGAGAGCUUUGGGCAGAGCAGCCUUGUCAGCGGUGACUCGGAUGAUGCUGAGGCAGGAGACACAAGAGGUUCACCUGAGCCAGUGCUGAAUCUCAGAGACUACCAAAUGGAGGUAGCAAGACCAGCCCUGGAAGGGAAGAAUAUUAUCCUGUGCCUCCCUACAGGCAGUGGCAAAACCCGAGUGGCUGUUUACAUUGCCAAAGACCACUUGGAUAAGAAAAGAGAAGCAAAAGAACAUGCGAAAGUCAUAGUACUUGUCAACAAGGUACCAUUGGUGGAACAGCAUUUCCAGAAAGAAUUUCACCCCUACCUGAAGCAUUGGUACCGAGUCACUAAGCUGAGUGGUGUGUCUCUGCUGAAAAUUUCCUUCCCAGAAGUUGUCAGAAAUUUCGAUGUAAUUAUCUGCACAGCACAAAUCCUUGAGAAUGCGUUGCAAAAUGCAGACCAUGAUGAAGAAGGAGUCCAGUUAAACGUGUUCUCCCUGAUCAUCAUUGAUGAAUGCCAUCACACUCAGAAGGAAGCGGUCUAUAACAAUAUCAUGCGCCGUUACUUAAAAGAAAAGAGGGAGAACGAGAAGCGAAGCAAAGAGGGCAAACCACAGACUGUUCAGCCUCAGAUUCUGGGACUGACAGCAUCACCUGGUGUGGGAGGUGCAAAAAACCUUGCCAAGGCUGAAGAACAUAUUCUGAAAAUAUGUGCCAAUCUUGAUGCACAUGAGAUUAUGACAGUUCAAGAACAUGCCAUUGAGCUGAAGCACCAGGUGAAAGAACCCUAUAAGAAGUUUGUGAUUGCAGAUGGCAAGGGAAAGGAUCCAUUUAGAGAGAAACUCAUCAACAUAAUGACAGAGAUCCAGAUCUAUUGCGAAUUCAACCCAAAUGCUGAGUUUGGAUCUCAGACCUAUGAACAGUGGGUAAUUCAAGAGGAGAAGAAAGCUGCCAAAGAAGAGCAUCGCAAGCAACGGGUCUGUGCAGAGCAUUUGAAGAAAUAUAAUGAUGCCUUGCUAAUUAAUGACACCAUCCGAAUGACUGAUGCGUACAACCAUCUCAAAACCUUUUAUAAGGAAGAGAAGAAUAAGAAGAUGGCAGUGAAUGAAGACGAUGAGGAUAAGCCGGUAGCAUCAAACCCCAAUGAAACAGAUACAUUUCUUAUAAAUUUAUUUUAUGCCAAAGAGAGGAAGUUGCGAGAGUUAGCCACAGAAGUACAAUAUGAAAAUAAAAAGCUGGCCAAGUUGCGCACAACGUUAAUGCAAGAAUUCACAAAGACCGGUGAGCCCAGGGGAAUCAUUUUCACAAAGACUCGGCAAAGUGCUUUUGCUCUGUAUCAGUGGAUCAAAGAGAAUCCCAAAUUUGAAGAUGUUGGAGUGAAAGCUCAUUAUCUUAUUGGUGCUGGACACAACAGUGAGUUUAAGCCAAUGACUCAGAAUGAACAGAAGGAAGUCAUUGAAAAAUUCCGCACUGGAAAAGUCAACUUACUUAUUGCUACUACUGUGGCAGAAGAGGGCCUGGAUAUCCCUGAGUGUAACAUAGUUAUCCGCUAUGGUCUUGUUACCAAUGAAAUAGCUAUGGUGCAGGCUCGUGGCCGAGCUCGAGCUGAUGAAAGUACCUAUGUACUUGUGGCAUCAGGUGGAUCUGGGGCUGUUGAACAUGAAAACGCCAACAUCUUCCGUGAGAAAAUUAUGCACAAAGCCAUUAGACGUGUUCAAGAGAUGCCUCGAGAAGAUUAUUUACAUAAGAUCCGAGGCUUCCAGCUGCAAAGCAGAAUGGAAGUAAAAAUGAAAGCGAAGAAAGAGCACUUAAAAAUAUGCAGGAAAACCCCAUCCUUGAUAAAGUUCCUCUGCAAAAACUGCACCAAGUCAAUAUGUUCAGGAGGAGACAUACAAGUUAUUGAAGACAUGCAUCAUGUCAGCGUCAAAAAGGAAUUUGAGGGCCUUUAUAUUGUAAGAGAAAACAAGACUCUGCAAGCAAAAGAAGCUGAUUACCAAACAAAUGGGGAAGUUAUCUGCAAAGAUUGUGGACAACCUUGGGGAACUAUGAUGGUGCACCGAGGUCUAGACCUGCCUUGCUUAAAAAUCAAAAAUUUUGUGGUUUUUUCCAAUGACAAGAAAACUCCCCCCAAAAAAAUCUACAAAAGAUGGAGCGAGCUGCCUGUUAAGUUUCCACCUUUCAAUUAUGCCGAUCAUGACAUUUCCAGUGAUGAUGAAGAUUAAGACGGCCUAAGAGAAUCUAAAGACAGGUGGAAAUCCUAAAAUCAUACACACAGGUUCUUAAUAUGGGUCCUAAGGGCAAGUUUAUGCAAGCGUGUUUAUGACAUAAGGACUGGACCACCAAUAAUUAAUUGUAUGUGCGACAAGAGCUUCCUUAUCACAUCAAGUUCUGUACUUCUGAAGGAGGCAGAAGUUAUUGAGUAAGAAGAAAUAAUGUGUGAUAUCAAUGCAUGUGUAGGUCUACAUUGUGGAACCACCUAUUGCAAAGUACCAUAUUUCUAAUGUCAGUGGAUCACCCAGUGCAAUCAAAAGCUGUUGGGUAGGACUAUUUUGCUUGGGAGUUUGCAUUCUAUGCUGCAGUGGUUGUCUGGGAUGGGAGAAGGGUGUCAGACUUAUGUGGACUAUUUCACUAAACAGCAUUAACUGAAACGGAUUUUUCCAGUUACUUGUUACCUAAUCUGACUGAUACGAUAUUCAAUUUUUUAUGCAAUUCAUAAAUAAAAGCACAUUUUUAUAUUAAUUUUGGCUCAAAUUUUUACAAAAGAGACAAAAAUGUGCUGCUGUGUUCUGAAUCUUGUGUGGUGUGUUAUGUUAUAAAUAUGUAUUUUCAGUUACAUAAAAAUUUACAUUUUUGUAUUGGGCAGUUUGUUGUUCAAUUUCAAUGUUAAAUUAAAAAGAUAAAAAUA